AGUGGAAUGUUUAGAAUUCAUUGAAAAAUGUGUAUGAUGUAAAAAGAAAAUUGUGAUUGUGAAAUUCGUAUAUUUUUCGUUAACAACACAAGUCUGGAGUAUACAUUUUACAUAUGUACUGGGUAGGUCACCUUUGUCAGUGAACAUUAUCUCCCAAAUAUUUUGCUCAUUACUGACAUUGCCAUGGGUCUCUGUCCCAAUACAAAUAAAAAGCAGAUAAAACAUGAAAGACAUAAGAAAAUAACGAGAAAAUCAGUCUUUAAAAUGCUAUCAGUGAUGGAGGCUUCCCAAAGUGUCCCUGGACCCACCAACUCUGUGACCAAUGCCCCAGUCACCCCUGAGUCAUCUAUUAAUGCCCAAGAGUUUUUAUCAACAGGUCGCACAGGAAGAAGAAAUGCUAUGCCUGAUAUUUUAGGGCAACAUGCUCAUGUAACAAGUUCUGAUCUGUCUACAAAACUUCAGACACUAACCACAACAGAUAAAGUGACAGAUGACCCAAGAGACCAGCCUGGCACAAGCAAAAGCUGAAUAUGCACUCACACUCUCCAGAAUGGUAAAUUGUAUUCAUUUUUUUGAACCCCAGACGAUCUGUAAAUUAUUGUGAAAUUUUUCCUGUAAAUGAAUGAUAAACCCUGAUAAUCUCCUCUCCAAUACUCAGUAUUACUUAGGGUGGUCAGAACAAAAUAAUUAAUUUAUUUUGGAAUAAAAAUAAGGAAUAUUUUUGUAAAAGCUUGGCCAGGAUGCAAUAUUCAUUCUUUCAGCAUUAUUCUUUUCAGAAAAUGGAAUCUCAUUUAUGUGUUAUACACUUAUUUGCAAAAAUUGAUAAUGAUGGAGAUAUCCUUUGAGGGGAAACAAAAAAUUUCAGACCAUUUAUCACCACUCAUUAUUACAUUUUUCAUCCCCUACUUCAAAAUGGUAUUUCUCCUUCAAUAUCUGUUUUUGAAAAUGAGUUCUGUUUUGGGAUAUACUAUAAGCUCCAGAAAUUUAUCAGUAGACAAUUUUGGAUCACUGUGUAUAGCUCAGUAAUAAAAUGUAGGACAUAUCAAUAUCAGGCAGCUCCUGUGAAUUUGGUUGCUCAUAAUUGUAAAUGUAUUGAAAUUUGAUGACUACAAUAAUGUGUUCUAUCACAGACUUGGAACAAAACUGAAACUUCCCGCAAAAGUUAAAUGAGAUCAUGGUUGUUCUUUAUUCUAGUCUAAAUAUUUCAUCACUCAAACAACCAACUGUGGAGAUAUGAGGAAAAAUUCAAAAUUAUGCAAGGGAUUAGUAGGUACUAGGUUUUGUCAAAUAACAAUAAUUGGGAAAUCAUUAUUUCCAUAGUCAUGUUCAUUUUCACCUAUUUAUUUCAUCUUCUUCACAAAAAUUCUUGCCAAUCUUGAAAUAUAAUGGAUAUCAGACAUCUCCAUAAUGUUGAGUAAAGGUUGCCAAUGAUAAUCUUAUUCCAAGAACACCUUUUUUUUCUGACUCUCUGAAUUUAAAUCCUAAAAAGAAUAGUUCAUUAUGACACAUUUUCAAGAUUGUGGAGAUGUCUGCUGUUGUCUGCAAAUCUGAAUAGAUUUGUUAAUAGUUCCCGAUUAGAUAUAUGAUAUAAACAAUAUGUGUCUUGUAGUAUCGGCCUGAAAAAUUGUUAGUUGUAUCAACGAUUCUUUGUGAUAUUAUUUAUUAUUUAUAUGAAAAUUUAUUAUUUUUCAUGCACCAUACUUCCAUUAUAUUGUGAUAAUUUAUAGUUUUAGUUGAGAGAAACUAAAUCAGUUGGUGAUUUUUCGGCUAUGAUAAAAUUAUUAGUUAGAAAACCAUAUCAAAAUGUAUUAUUUUUCUUGGCUUGCAUGUGAUGUGAGUUGAUGUCAGUAAUGAUUCAAUAAAAAUGACUAGCAUAUUUAUUGAAGUAACAUUGUCAAUAAAUAAUAUAUAGAAAGAUAAUCACAAGAAGUAAAUAAAUAAAAGAGAGUG